AUGGCAUCUCCGAGACCUCACGCCCGGACACAGUCCUCCUUCUCCACGACCCCUACAUCCGCCUCCUACACCCCAUCUGGUCUGAACCCAAACCGCAGCCCGCAGUCAACGCCGCUGAGAGACACCGCUUAUAACGGAAGCGAGGGCCUUAUCAACGACCUUGACUCGACUCCGUAUUUUGACGGUGAAACACUGGACGACAGCUUGCCUACCGCGCCCGCCAGAGUCGCAACAACUCCAGCUCGACCAGCGUUUGGCGCAAGACUUCUCUCGAGCUUAUCAAACGCACAGCCAGCAGCGGCGGCACUUGGAAGGAAGGGCAGUGUUCUACACUCCCGCGCAAAAUCUCUCGCGGCAUACGUGCCCAAGCUCAACACCGCCAAUACACCCUCCGACGCACCCGCACCCACACGAGCUCAAGCACCCAACAGAAUCUUCGGCGACCUCUUCAACGGCGAGUCAGCACCCAUUCGCCUAGGCGCACCAAUUUCGCCUACGAAGGAAAAAGAAGAGACGGAGUUCGUAAUGGAAUACACACCUACCUUCACCGACCGCCCAACAAGCAUGUUCACGCGCCGUGAUACCGCUUCAAGCAACCGCAGCACCCCUCCGACGCAGACCCGCAAAGCUUCGUGGUUCGUGCGACGCUCUACAGCCACCACGCCAAGCAAAGCAUCACAACCGCCGCAAGACGAAUUAGCCAACCUCAACAUCUCCUCCGCCCUCUUCCCGAACGGUCCAGCGGACCCUCUCAGCCCAGCAUCCUUCAACGACCUCCUUCUCAACGCCACUUCUCUCCUCGACCGCAUGCAGAUCGCCUACAAAGAGAAAUGCACCUACAUCGCCUCCCUCCAGCCCGAACUCGAUGCGCAGCGCGAAGAAGUUGAAGAAGCAGAGACGCGCUCCCAGCACCUAAAAAUGCAACUCGAAGAUAUGGGACGGCAGGCUCAGGAAAGAGAACGCGCGAUGCAGGAUCUGAGCAAGCAGCUGACGGAGGAAAAGAUGUGGGUGCAGGAGCUGCGGGAGAAUUCGGCUAGGACUGUCAGGCUGGUCAGAGAAGAGAGUGGCGAGGAUGCUGAACGGACGCCUACGAGGAGGGGCAAGAGGAUCAGCGCUAGUGACGCUGCCAGCGACAGUGGGUUUGAAUCCGAUCUCGACUCCGUAUUUUCGGCUACUACGAGUGGUGGGAACGAGACGCCGGCAUCGCCUGCGCGGAGUCUAGUCGCAGGGGAUAAUGCGAGUUACUGGGCGUUGAAACAACCGAAUGGCAAGGCUGGGAAUACGAAGAGGGAUGGCGACGGCCCGGCGUGGGCGACUGUGGAGGCGCUGAGGAAUGAGAAUCAGGUGUUGAAGGGGCGGAUGGGGGAGAUGGAACGGGAGAUGCAGGGCGUGAUCGACUUCGUCGGAGGGCUCAACGGGAUCUGA